AAGACUCCCUUACCAUCUUCAGAGGGUGGAGGGCUAUAAACAGGCAUCCUUGUGUUCCCAUCCCACACCUCAGGGAGGUAUGCAGAACCAGGACCAUUGCCCACAUUUGUAAAAAACUUACAGCCAACCAUUGCUCAUCUAAGCAUCUUCUCUUCCAGGAAGCCCUCCCCAACUCCUAGGAGCAGGCAGGGGCACCUCCACUGGCCUCCAGACCCACCACACAAGGCCUCAGCUUGCUUGCGGUACAGAGGCACCCCACCCUUAAAGUGGAGUCGGCCUGCAUUUCCAUGCCCAAGGCCCUGGGACCCUGGGAGCCUCCUGCCUCUGAGAUAGGCCCUCGGGGCUGUACUUCGGGGAUAAGCCAGGCUAUUUUCAUCAUUUCCUUCCUCCGCUCAGGCAGCAGCCACCACUGCCAGCUCCCACGGCUCCCACACACUACCACCACCGCCUUAACCAGGAUGCCACCAGCCCACAGAAGGUGUGUCCCAACCAAGGCCUCACAGCCUGCCUGCUGCUGGAUGACUACCUGGGGGCUCCUGUUUCUGCUCUGGCCUGUGGCCACAGCCACCCAGGACUGCCCAAGGCCCUGUACCUGCCAGGCCUUGGAAACCAUGGGGUUAAAGGUGAACUGCGAGGGGCAGGGCCUCACAGCCCUGCCUGUCCUGCCAGCUCACACCCGCCAGCUCCUACUGGCCAACAACAGCCUCCGUUCAGUGCCACCGGGUGCCUUCGACCACAUGCCUCAGCUGUGGAACCUCGAUGUGACACACAACCCCUGGCACUGUGACUGCAGCCUCACCUACCUGCGCCUCUGGCUGGAGGACCACAUGCCUGAGGCCCUGCUACAUGUGUACUGUGCCAGCCCUGACCUGGCCACCAGGCGUCCGCUGGGCCAGCUGACAGGCUAUGAGCUGGGCAGCUGUGGCUGGAAGCUACCACCAUCCUGGGCCUAUUCAGGGAUCUUGUGGGAUGUGGCACUGGUAGCUGUGACUGGGCUGGGCCUGGUUCUGCUGCUUGGCCUGCUGAGCACAUUCCCAGUGCCCCUCAAUUGAGCCUAGCACAUGAAACCAGGCUGGAAGUCCAGACCUAAGCCCGGUCCCCAGAAGCACCAGCCUGAGUCAGCCCAUGCUAUCAAAAGCCAAAAGGAGGGCCUGCUGAGACCACUGAGUGGGCAAAAGACGCUUCUGCCAAGUCUGAAGACCUGAGUUCGAUGCCCAGGCUCCAUAUCAUAGGAGAGAACAGAAUCUCACCUCCACACUCAUGCUGUAAUUUUAAAUGUAAUUUUAAAAGACAACAAUAAACCCCACUGCAUAACCUUU